AUGAUCUUCCAGGAGAAAAUAAGCCUUACUACCAGUAUACGCCAGAGACAAUUAUUGAGAAUAAUAACGUACUGGGACAGAUCAAUUCUGACAGAUAGACAUAUCCCUGCCAACAGACCGGAUAUUACACUUUUAGAUAAGCGAAACCGAGAAGCGUAUCUGAUCGAUGUUACUGUCCCUGACAAUAACAAUAUGCAAGAAACAAUACAGUCUGAAGUAUUGGAAUACACGGAGCUGUCCGACGAAAUUAAAGAGCAAUGGCAGUUGAACAAGGUGACGGUUGUACCAAUAAUCAUGUCCACUCCUGGGAUUAUACCUUACUCGUUAGUCAAAAUUCUCACUACUCUAGGACUAACAAAACACUUGGUGGCUGAGAUACAAAGUCAGUAA